AUGUCGAAUUCAGCGUCAAACGUGAUGGCCAUCGCCGAUGCGCCCCAGUUAUUGUCCUUCUUGGAUGUUCACCGUGUGCUAGUGUUUCUCGCUGGGGCCGUUGUGGUCCGUGUUCUCUGGAGAAAAUACUGCACCUCCAUCAGGGAUAUUCCAGGCCCUUUCUGGGCGUCAUUCUCGAGCAUUUGGAAAGUGUAUCAGGUCUGGAAGGGCCACUCGGAGCUGGAAAUCCUUGAACUGCACAAGAAGCACGGCCAUUUUGUUCGCCUUACCGACAAUGAAGUCAGCGUGUCCCACCCAGACGCAGUCAAGCAGCUUCUCCACGCAAAUAUCCCAAAGGGCACAUUCUACUCCGUCUUCAGCCUCCCAGACUACCGAUAUGUCAACCAAAUGUCCGAACUCGACCCUACCUAUCACAUCCACAAGACCCGCAACCUCUCCGCCGGCUUUUCGCUAUCCAACAUCACCAAGACAGAGCCGUACAUCGACUCCGUGCUGAAACUGUUCACCACCCGCCUCAACGCGCUCAGCGACUCCAACACCCCAAUCCACUUCCAGGACUGGUUCAGCUUCUUCGCAUUCGACGUCCUCGGCGAAGUGACCUUCUCCAAGUCCUUCGGCUUCGUCGACUCGGGCAUCGACAUCCGCAGCGCAAUCGCAAACACAGGCCUCCUCGUCUACUACAUCGCCAUCUUCGGUAACUAUGUCUGGUUCCACAACCUCACCCUGGGGAACCCCCUCUUCAGCCGUCUCGGUCUACAGCCUAACUCCCACAUCUUCGAUACUUGCCUUCUCGCCAUCGAAAGCCGCAAGAGUAACCCAGAGCUCCGCCAUGAUAUGGUACAGCGCUGGCUGGACGUGCGUGCUACCCACCCCGAGCGAAUGAAGGAGGAAGACAUCUUCGGCGCUGCCGUUGCGAACAUUGGAGCCGGUGCCGAGACCGUGAGCUCCACUGCCCAGGCUGUGAUCUAUAACUUGCUCCGUCGCCCGGAUUUGAUGAAGCGCGCGCAGGCUGAGAUUGAUGCUGCGGUGGCCCGUGGAGAACUCUCGCCGUUGGUUCAAUAUAGUGAGGCUGCGAAGUUGCCCUUCCUCCAGGCUUGUUUAAAAGAAGCAUACCGAUUCCACCCUGGCGUCGCGCACAAUCUUCCCCGCGUUGUCCCUGAGGGCGGAAUAACUAUUGCUGGAAGAUACUUCCCAGAAGGAGUCAUCCUCAGUGUCCACCCCUGGGUCAUCCACCGCAACCCCGACAUCUUCGGCGCAGACUGCGAGACCUACAACCCGGACCGCUGGCUCCAAGGCGAUACCAAGAAGAUGGACUACUUCCUGAUCCACUGGGGAGCCGGAUACAACCAAUGUCCCGGCCGCAACCUCGCCCAGUUCGAGCUCUCAAAGGUCCUCACGACCAUCGUGCGAGACUACGAUAUCGAGAAAAUCAACCCGAAGAAGGACUGGCAGUAUGAGUCCCGGUUCCUUGCUGUUCCUUAUGGAUGGCCGUGCAGGAUUCGGAGGCGCCAGAGGGUGUGA